AUGAUCCGCUCAGGCACCGGCUGUCAAUGGUUCACCCGGCGACGUCUCCAACUCUCGCUCGCCUGCGCCGUGGUCCUGGCCUGCAUCUACACCCUUCUCCCGCCCGCGCAGCACAAAUUCCCCUUUACCUCCUCACCUUCCUACGCCCGCUCCCUGUCCCCGCGGGAACUCCUCUCACGCCCCCGCUCGACGGACCUCGUCUCCAUCCCCAAGCUGAUCCACCAGACCUGGUUCCCAGCGGGGAGCAACAUGAGCGAGAACGCGCAGAUGUGGGUGCAGACCAUGCGAGCCCAAAACCCGGAGUGGGAGUAUGUGCUGUGGGACGACAAGACGAACCGGCUGCUGGUGGAGACGCAUUUCCCCUGGUUUCUGAAGGAUUACGACCGGCUGCCCAAGGAGAUCCAUCGGGCGGAUGUGGUGAGGAAUUUGUAUAUGUUUCUCUUUGGCGGGAUGUACGCCGACGUCGACACCGAAGCCCUCCGACCCGUCGACGCGCUCUUCGCCGGCCACGACACCCCGCUGCGGGCGGCGCACAGCAGCAUUCUCGGCUCCUGGACCGGCCAGACCAAAUUGCAGGGGUCAGGGAUGCAUCCGCAGCGGGCGUUUCUCGGACACAUGGCGCACCGCGCCGGGUUGGACGGGCCUGCGGCCGUGCCCAACGGAUGGAUGGCGUCGCCGCCGGGCCACCCCUUCUGGCUGCUGCCCGUGAUCCACGUCAUCGAGAACCCCGAGGGGAACGGCGACGGGUCGGUGGAGAGUCUGACGGGGCCGACGGCGCUCAGCUUCCUGCUGCACCGCUACUACGAGGACUUUGGGGGCGAGGAGGGACAGACCACGGUGCGGCGGCACGUGUCCUGGGUAUUCUGGUCCAACCUGACCAUUCUCUUCAAUAAAUGGUUGAUAGAGUCGACUGAGUUCCCAAUCCUCCUAACAACAUGGCACCUUGUCUUCGCCACCCUCGCAACCCAGUUCCUCGCCCACUGCACCCCCUACCUCAACACCCGCCACACCCACCGCAUGACCCCCGCCCUCUACCUGCGCCAAAUCGUCCCCAUCGGCCUCCUCUACAGCGGCAGCCUCGUCACCUCCAACAUGACCUACCUCUAUUUGAACGUCAGCUUCAUCCAGAUGCUGAAAGCCGCGGGCCCGAUCGUCACCCUGCUGGUGAGCUGGGGCUGGCGCGUCGCCACCCCCAGUAUGGAUUCAUUUGUGAACAUCCUGGUGAUUGCUUGUAGUGUGGGGUUGGCGGUCGCCGGGGAGGUGCAGUUUGUGUGGACGGGGGUGGUGUUUCAGGUGGUGAGUUUGGUCUUCGAUGCGAAUCGGUUGGUGAUGAUCCAAGUCCUGCUCCGGCCGGGGGCUGGCAAGAUGGAUCCGUUGGUCACGCUGUACUAUUCGGCGCCCGUCUGUGCGGCCACCAACGCGGUGAUUGCUUGCUUUACGGAGCUCAACACCGGGGCCGGGGCAGAAGGGUUUGACUGGGGAGUCGUGGGACGCACAGGUGCGGGGAUCCUGCUGGCAAAUGCCAUGGUCGGAUUUAUGUUGAAUGUUUCGAUCUUCGUCUUGAUCGGAAAAACAUCCGGCUUGACGAUGACGCUGGUCAGCGUGCCCAAGAACAUCCUCUUGAUCAUCUGCUCGAUCGUCAUCUGGGGCUCCCCGGUGAGUCCGUUGCAGGUCCUCGGGUAUGGGAUGGCCCUGCUGGGCUUGUUGUACUAUUCCCUCGGGUGGAAGGGAGUGGUGUCCUGCUGGGAGAUGGUGGCCACUCGACUCAGGGGCCGGGAGGGUUAUGUCAAGUAUGAGCCGGUUUGA